UAACUGAUUGACUCCAAAAUUUGACCACUUUUACACUCUGCUAAAAACGAGGUCAUUUUGGUAAUUAAGAACUAGUAGCAUACUAUCCUAACAACCCCGGUGCCACAGCCACAACGAACUCCGUCUCGACCACCACGUCGAUGUCCUUCGCCAUCGUUUUCGGCGGAGCAACCGCCUUAAAACCACCAACAUUACCCAGAAAACACCGUAGCAUAGUCGCAAACUUCUCCUCAUCCAAACUCAACCUAACAUGUUCGGGAUUUCAGAAAAGAAUCCAAUAUCCCAAUGUCUCAACCUCUUUCCGUCCCCUUCUCCGCCUCCGCGUUUCUUCCAACGAUGCACAGUUCAACUCAGCUCCCGAAAACAACAGCCAACAACAACCGAGUUUCACCGAGUUCAUCACUUCUGAGCGAGUCAAAGUGGUGGCGAUGCUCGCUCUUGCUUUAGCUCUCUGCAACGCCGAUCGUGUAGUCAUGUCUGUUGCCAUGGUUCCUUUGUCGCUCGCCAACGGUUGGGGCCGCGCUUUCUCCGGAAUCAUUCAGUCUUCGUUUCUGUGGGGAUAUCUGAUUUCGCCUAUAGGUGGAGGAAUAUUGGUGGAUAAGUAUGGUGGCAAAGUGGUCAUGGCUUGGGGUGUCACACUAUGGUCACUUGCUACUUUUCUUACUCCAUGGGCUGCAGAGACUUCUCUUUUGACUCUGCUUGCUGUCCGGGCUUUGCUCGGUGUGGCUGAAGGUGUGGCUCUUCCUUCCAUGAAUAACAUGGUGGCCAGAUGGUUUCCUCAAACUGAAAGGGCAAGGGCUGUUGGCAUUUCGAUGGCUGGAUUUCAGCUUGGAUGUGCAAUAGGGCUCACACUUUCUCCCAUUCUCAUGUCGCAAGGCGGUAUAUUUGGUCCAUUUGUGAUUUUCGGUUUGUCUGGGUUUCUCUGGGUGUUGGUAUGGCUGUCAGCAACAUCAAGCACUCCUGACCGAAGUCCUCAGAUAUCAAAAUAUGAGCUGGAGUAUAUAUUGAGUAAAAGACCAAAGUCUUUUCCGGUGGAGGCAAAUAAAGUUAAAGUUAUCCCUCCUUUCAGGCGCUUGCUUUCAAAGAUGCCAACAUGGGCUCUAAUUGUGGCAAACUCCAUGCAUAGCUGGGGUUUUUUUGUUGUUCUUUCUUGGAUGCCAAUAUACUUCAACUCAGUAUAUCGUGUGGAUCUCAGGCAGGCGGCGUGGUUUAGUGCCGUUCCAUGGGUUGUGAUGGCUAUCACGACUUAUCUUGCUGGCUUUUGGUCAGAUAUGAUGAUACAAAGGGGUACAAGUGUUACUUUGACUCGUAAGAUUAUGCAGUCCAUUGGUUUUGUUGGUCCUGGAGUUAGCCUCAUUGGUUUAGCAACAGCAAGAAACCCUUCGGUUGCUUCUGCUUGGCUUACAUUGGCCUUUGGCUCAAAAUCUUUCGGUCACUCUGGUUUUCUUGUGAACUUUCAGGAUAUUGCACCACAGUACUCUGGUGUUUUACAUGGAAUGGCAAAUACUGCUGGAACACUUGCUGCUAUAAUUGGAACAGUUGGAGCUGGCUUUUUUGUUGAGCUAGUUGGUUCGUUCCGAGGAUUUCUGCUGCUCACAUCACUCUUAUAUUUUCUAGCUGCCCUUUUCUACUGCCUAUUCUCUACGGGAGAAAGAGUAAAUUUUGACGAUCCUGCCGGCUGAAGAGUACCGGAAGCUAAAUAGAGUACUACUGUACAGUUCAAUUACUUGUACAUGAGAGGAGAUUAAGUGUAGUGUCACAGAUGCUUUUCAUUUUCUAACUGUCAUGUUAUGUUGUAUAAGAGACACCAACCAUCUGCGGUUGUAAAAUUGAUGUAUAGUUUUUUGCCCAUGUGCAUUGAAGGUCUCUUCUACAUGCAUUUGAUCUUUUUGGUGUUCUAACAUGUUGGAGAAUAUUCUUAAAAUAUAAUGAACAAGGACAAAAUAUGGAUAUGGGGUGUUAUAAGGCGCACCAUUUUUAAA